AUGUCUCGACACGACAGUGACCGUGACGAGGACGAGGAAUACGAGAACCUGGGCAAGGCGCGCGAUAACAGGGACGACGAUUCUGAUCUGGAAGAUUCGCGCAGAGGACGCAGCAGCUCCAGCAAGCAUUCAAACAACCACCGCAACAGUAAACGACAAGACGACGACGAUGAUGACGAGGACGAGGACGACGAGGACGACGAGGAUGACGAAGAUGACGAGGACGAGCACGACACUGUCGCUUCUAGGCGCCACAAGAAACAAAAGCGCACCGUAAAUCCUUUCCUCGAUAUGGAAGCCGAGGUCGACGAUGAAGAGGAGGACGAAGACGAAUAUGAUGACGAGUAUGGCGGAGGAGAUGGUUUCAUUGCAGAUGAGCAAGAUGAGGCCGCAGAAGCAACCAGGGCAUCAAAACACUUGGAUCUGGACCGUAGAAGACGGGAAGAAGACGACGUCGAUCUGGAAGAACAGGCCGCCCGGUUCAAGGAACGUUAUGGUCGUCGCGACUAUGCUCCUCGUCGCGCAUUUCAGGGACAGCAGGAGGAUAUUCCACAGCAACUUCUCAUGCCCGAUGUCCAAUCGCCACAUCUCUGGAUGGUCCGCUGCAAGCCUGGCAAGGAAAAGGACUUGGUCUUUUCGCUCAUGCGCAAGUUCUUUGACACCGAAUACUCUGCCCAACCUCUCGAAAUCUCGGCUGCGUUUUCGCGUGAAUCGCUCAAAGGAUACGUGUACAUCGAGUGUAUGCGUCAAGCCAAUGUCCAGGCCGCUUUGAACGGUCUUAACAACGUCUUCGCCUCCAAGCUCACUUUGGUUCCCAUCAAGGAAAUGACAGAUGUGCUCAAGGUCAGGCACAAGGAAUCGGACCUUCGCCCUGGAACCUGGGUUCGUGUCAAGCGUGGUAAAUACGCCAUGGAUCUUGCACAGAUCUUGGACAUUGCAGAUUCUGGAGAUACUGCCAAGGUCAAGCUGAUUCCUCGUUUGGACAUGACCCCUCGCACAGAUGCAUCAUACGUCGCUGGAAACAACAAACGCAAACCUGUCAACAGUGCGCUCGCUGGACGCCCCCCACCAAAGCUGUUCAACGCUCGUGAGGCAGAAAAGGUUGACAAACUAAACAAGCCAACAUCGAGAGGCCGCGGUGUUUUCCAGUGGAACAACGAGGUUUUCAGGGAGGGAUACCUGGAGAAGGACAUGAAGAUCUCCAGCUUGAUCACGGAAAACAUCAACCCUACACUUGACGAGAUUCAAAAGUUUGCCAAGGGUGGUGUCGACGACGAGGAUGGUGGUUUGGAUCUGUCGGCUGUCGCUUUGUCGGCCAUGAGCGCAUCGGUCACGAGCCACUUCCAGCCAGGAGAGAAGGUCGAGGUGACAGAGGGAGAGUUGAAGAACGUUCACGGUACGGUCGACUCGGUCACCAGCGACAUGAUUAUGGUUCGCCCUUUGGCCGAUGAUCUCAAGGGUAACAUUCUUAAGUUCCCUCCCACACAGCUUCGCAAGCUCUUCAAGGAGGGAGACCACGUCAAGGUUGUCAACGGAAAGUACAAGGAUGAGACCGGUCUCAUCAUCAAGAUCGAGGACAGCGUCGUCACCAUUGUCACGGACCUGAACGUCAAGGACAUCCAGGUGUUCUCAAAAGAUCUUCAGAUGGCCGCCAACGUCGCUACAGGCACAGGAACCAUUGGGCAAUACGAGACCCAUGACUUUGUCCAGCUCGAUGCUGCCACUGUUGGUGUCAUCUACAAGGUCGAGCGUGGAUUUGCCCGUGUUGUGGACCAGUCCGGCAUGACUCGUGAAGUCGAACCCCACCUUAUCACACAAAAACGUGACUCCUCGCGUGCUAUCGCUACCGACGCUGAGGGCAACAGUAUCCAGGAUGGUGACUCUGUCCGCGAAAUGACUGGAGCCAUGCGCGAGGGAAAGAUUUUGCACUUGUUCAGGACAUACGCGUUCUUGUACAACAGAGAGUACAUGGAGAACUCGGGAGUCUUUGUUCAGUCGACUCGUCUUGUGGUCAGCAUGGCUUCCAAGAGCCGCGCUCAGCCUGGCAUGCGUCUGGAUACCAUGAACCCAGCCAUGAUGAACAUGAACCGUGGCGGUUUCGGCGAUCGUGGAGGUCGUGGACGUGGUGGCCCCAUGAUGAUGGGCCGUGGUCGUGGUGGACGUGACCCUCUGAUUGACAAGACUGUCACCAUUAUUCGUGGACCCCACAAGGGUUACCUCGGCAUCGUUAAAGACGCCUCAGACUCUACUGCCCGUGUCGAGUUGCACACCAACUGCCGUAUCAUCACCGUCGAGAAGGCCAAGCUUGCCAUCACCAACGCCAACGGUACAACUACACCUGUGUCGAGCAUGUCGGAUAUGAACCCUCCUUCCACCCCUCGUGCAGGCAACUAUGGCGGCUAUGGCGGCUAUGGUGGCAUGACACCUGUCAGAUCUGGUGAUAUGACACCGAUGCACAACUCUGGAUCGCGCACACCCGCUUGGAACAACGCAGGAUCCAAGACACCCGCAUGGAACGCAGGAUCGAAGACACCCGCAUGGAGUGCUAGUGCCAGGACCCCCAACCCCUAUGCAGAUGGCUCGCAGACACCCGCCUGGGAUGCCGGUUCCAAGACACCACGCUAUGGAGGAGGAUCUGCCUGGGACAGUGGUAGCCGCACGCCAGCUCCUGCUUGGGACUCUGGAAGCAGAACGCCAGCACGUGGAUCAGCUUGGGGCGAUUCAGACUCUGGCUCAGGCAACCAUAACGGGUCCAGUGGAUCGGGUGGAUACAAUGUUUGGGGCGACAAGGCUGAUUCUGGCUCUGGUUCAAGCGGAUUCCCUCAGACACCUGCUGCCAGCAGCGAUUGGAUGAACCGCAGUGUUCCUACGCCUGGACCCUUUGGCGCUCCUUCACCCGCACCCUUCACCAACUACCCAUACACCCCUGGCCCCAACUCUAGCUACGACUCUGCACCAACACCCAGCGGAAGCAAUUUCCCCUCAACUCCUGCAGCUUCAUCAUCUUUGGGCUCAGGACCUGGUCAUGGGGCCAGCGGCAGUGGCAGCUCCCUCGGUGCCAAUGUAGCCACCCCUGGAGCCACUCCUGGCGCCAGAAUGCAGUCGAUUGCCACACCAGGCUCUCUCCAAACUCCUCAGACCCCUGCAGGUGGUCCAUCUGCACCCAUGACUCCUGCCAGCCACUUUCCUCAGACGCCCUUCAUGCCUACAGGAGGCGACUACUCGGGCAUGGAUUCACACGGCCACUCUGGCCAGGUUCCUGGAUACGGAUCAGCUGCUGGUGGAGCUGCAGCAUCGGGUCCUUCGUAUGACUGGUUGGCGACGGAUAUUGAGGUCCGCAUUGGAACCGGAAAGGACGGAUCACAAUUCGAGGGUGGCAAAUACCAAGACCAGUCGGCACGCACGAUCAAGAUCCCACCAAGAAGCGCAUUAUCGUCGACGGCCCUUUGCGAUGUCCGUUUGUUGAGUGACGAUAGGAUGGUUCAGGUCCCAGCUCAAUACCUCAAGACGGUUGCACCGCUCAAGAACGACGGCGUCAAGGUUUUGUCGGGCGAACAUCGUGGUGCAUUGGGUACCUUGAUGGGAGUCGAUGUUCAGGAUGGUAUUGUCAGCUUGAGAGGUGAGAACAUGUACAAGGUCUUGACCAUGUCAGUUCUUGGCAAGUAUUUGGGCGAUUGA